AUGCCACCCAACCAUGACAACUUUCUUGAGGAAGGAAGAAUCGGAAUUGAACUGCAAGCCAUCUUCGAUUCUCCAAAGCCACACCCAACCAAUCACUAUUUACAGUUCAAGAAGGGCGAUCUACUUCGGGCCAUCAGCGAGAUAGACGAAAACUGGUGGAAUGCGGAACAUUUGGCGACAGGGGAAUAUGGGGCGGCUGCCAAGGUACACGCCGUCGAGAUCCCAGAAAUAUUCAACGAACCGUGGUUCUUCUACGGCUGGGAUGCCGCACUAACAAAAAAGGCUUUUGACAAGGAUCCGACAAAAUUGGGCGUCUACCUGGUACGUUCGAAUGGAACGGGGUUUGUCUUGGAACUGAGAGCCAAAAACGGCAUCAUCCAAGCCUAUCCGAUCCAUAAAAAUGGAGAAGGGGAAUACUAUAUCCAAGAAAAUCGCAAAUACGCCUCCAUCCAAGAUCUCAUCGCCUUCUAUCAAACGUAUACCUCACGUUUCCUGGGCUCUCGACUCGAUAAUAUACCAAAUUAUGCGAACAUUAGAUGUGGUCCAAAUGAUAUCCGGCGUCGCGAUCUGCUAAUUGGAGAAUACUCCCUCGGUCAUGGUUAUUACGCUGAGGUGAUGGAAGCUAGAUUUUAUCUAGUGCCGGCCGCGGCGAAAAUUCGCUACGAAGACGACCAGGAAUCCGUGGCAACAUUCGAAAGAGAAGUGAAAUACCUAAAGGCGCUUCAACAUCCAAAUAUUGUCCGAAUGCUUGGGGUUUGUCGCUCGGCGACACGACCCAUUUUGGUGCGUGAAAUGAUGUCACAUGGAGAUUUGCGGCGAAUCCUGCGACAGUUCCCUUGUCCCCUCGGCUUUAACGAUGACAUUAACAUUCUGACACAGGUGGCCGCUGGCAUGGAAUAUUUAUCGAACGCCGGUAAGGUGCAUGCUGAAUUGACCGCACGAAAGAUCCUAAUUGAUUAUGCUGGAGGCCAACUAAUCGCCAAGGUUUCUGGAUUUGGAAAGGUCUACGAUCUGCCCGAAGAUGGUUCUCCCUAUCACGUUCUCGAUCCAUAUGCCAUUCCGUGGGCUACGCCUGAGCUAUUAGAAGGGCAGGUUCUAACGAGACUGUCCAACUCAUGGUCCUUUGCCGUACUCAUUUUUGAGGUAUUUUCCAAAGCCGAACAUCCCUAUAAAAGAGAACUAAAUGGUCCUCACGAUGCCGAUGCAUUAUUGCGUUGGCUAAAGCAAGGGAAGCGACUCCGACAACUCGGGCCUGACUAUAUUUAUGAACGGGUAAUCACGCUUGCUUUUCGAUUUAGACAAAUGAACGAGCGAAUCAGCGAGGAUCGAUGGGAGAUCAACCUUUAUCGGUUGAACAUUGGUGAUGAGAUCGGCCACGGGGCUUAUGGAGUAGUCUACCAAGGGGAAUACCGCGGACGGAUGGUGGCUGUCAAAGAACCUAAUAACCCACAACAAAACACCCCGAUUGAUUUUGAAAGAGAGUCGCGCAACUUAAUGGAUCUCAGGCAUCCGAAUAUCGUCCGCUUGUUGGGGAUAGUGACAUCCGUGUUUCCAAACAAGAUUGUCACUGAACUCAUGCCGGGCGGCUCAUUGGUCAAUUUUCUUCGAACCAGUCAGACUAUCAUUCUACAACAGCAAGCUCUCUUCAUCCUUACACAG